CUAAAAAAUUAUUUAAAACAAUAUUUGAGAAUAAUCUUAGAUUUAAUAUAGUACAGUUCGCGUAAAAUCGUGUUUGGGAUUUCGAUUGAAUAUUUUUGGUUCUUUGCUCAAUUGCAGUUCGCGCAUUGUAUAAAAUAUAUUAUAUUAUUAUUAAUAACCCGCUAUUACCUAUACCUGGACGAAUUGCGAUCGGAUUACGUAUGUGUCGUUGUCGUUAAAAAAUAAAAAUUAACUGUUAAAAUUCCGAUAAUAUUGUUUUUGCGACUGCAGCCUAUAUAUACCUACUUGUCAGUAUAUACACUAUACUAUAUAUGUAUACCCAAGUUGUAAUUAUUAUUUAUCAUCGAAAUAGUCGGUUAUCUCGAGUGUCACCGCCACCGCUACCGCCGCCGUCGUCUGCGACUUUACUUCCUACCUCUUGGCUCUUAUAACGUUUAAUACCAACCAACCAACCAACUCACUUCUAUGCUAUAGAUACCUACCUAUAAUACACCGUCAACCCAUCAUCGCGGCUUUACGAUCGUUCGACGUAAAUAAAAUAAUUACUAUAAUCCUUUGAACGAUCGUCACCACCGCCUCCGCCGUCAUGUUGAUCGUCGCCGCUGUCGAAUUCACCAUGGUGUCCGUUUGCAUGUUCGCGUCCAGCGCCGGCGUGGCGAUCGCCGUCGUCGCCGUCAUAGCGUACACCGUGUACGGCAGGCUCAACAGACACAAACUGCUGUGCAUCCAACAGCGGGACAUUUUAAACACCAAAUUAAAAGCGAAAGUGGCGUCCAAGGCGGAAAAUGAUCAGGAUAAGUUUUUUGAAGUUCGCGAUUAUUUGGAACGGCUAGUGGAAGGGCUGGUGGACGGAGGCCUAGAUGACGUAUGCCUCACUCCCCUGUCCACCCACCCGCUAUACAUGUCAAUAUGUUGGAAGUACCACGAACAGUUGGCCACCACGCUAACAGCAGCCAUACACUCUAUCAUAAACGAGUCUGAUGAGUUUGACGACAUUCCCAUAAAAUUAAAUACAAUUUUGGAAGAAUUGUCAUACGAGGUAGAACAUCUUCCAGAACUACAGGCUGCCCAGAAAAAGUGCGCCGUUCCAUUGGCGGAAGAUUUAAACGAAAAAAACUACGAAGAUCUCUUGGCCACUGCUAUAUUAAAUAAGAUUGUGGCCAACAGUCAGACAAAGAAAAAAGUCCCUGUUAGAAGGACUCGAAUUUCUAAAUGUUCUCCUAAACAAACGGAUUCAAAUAAUCAGAAUUCUAUCGAUUCAAAAAAAACUGAAGAGCCUCGGAGAACCCCAAGAGUGUCUUUAACAGUAGAAGAAUUCACGGAGGAAGUGACGACGACCAGUUUCAAUACAUACUCUGAUAUUGAAGGCGAUUAUGACGAUGGGUACAACGAAGGUGACGAAGAAGAUGAUGAAAGAUCGCAAUCGACCAUUGGAAUGUUCAUGUCGAAUGCGAAGUUGCUUCGAGGGCACACAGCACCUUUGCCCGAAUUCGGGUCUGAUACAGUUGAGGACGGCAGCAGUACCAUCGAUCCCGAUGAUCAAGGAAUAAGCGCCACGGUUGACUCGUGGGAAGACAAUUGGCUGUUCCAAAAGAAAAGGGUGAACCUGAUGUCCGGCUCCAACAAUUAUCACCAUCAUCCCGUACCCGUUCCGAUGUUAGUGCCAAACCCGUCCGAAGUCACCAGGCCGCUAAUAGGCGAUCGCGAUGCCGACGAAACGUCCGAACUGUCCGACUACUCGAAUUCGGCACUGGACGAACUGCUCGAACUCUCUGAUUUUGAAUCGGAGCCGCUGCAAACGAAGCGUUCUGCCGUCGACACAAACUCCACUGACGGUGGAAUCUUACUGUUCGAAGGUCCUAGCAGCGAGGAGGACAACCCGCUUGUCUGGGAUCCCGUCGUGGAGGCUUGUAACAAGCACGUCGCACUUUCUCAAGUAGAUUCUGGUCAAGGUUCAAUGGAUCAUCAGAGGGAUUUUGAUCAAUCUAUAGAAGUCAACGAAAAACCGGUGCCUAGGCCAAGGUCAAGUUUAAUGUCAAACGCCACCGACAGUGAAGUCAACUCGGUGUCAUCAGAGGAAGUGAAUAUUGCACAAGAAGACGACCCGUUACCUCCCAGGCCAGGUACGAUAGCAGAACGAGAACAUUCCAAGUGGGAAAAAGCGACACCACUGACUAACAACCCGUACUCCGCCGAGAACAUCGAAAAGCGCAAGUUUAAGUCAUUGUUCGGCAGCAGGAGCAGUAGUGAGGCAUCACUGAAUUUAAUCAAUGGAAACGACACGUCCAGCCCGUUGAAAAUAGUCUGCAGCUCCUCGUCAGUGGACACGCAGCGGUACGGUCGAGAUUACUACAUCAAUCAGUCCGGGGAAUUAAAAGCCAGACAAAAACAGACCAAGGUAUCCAAACUGGUAGUACAAAUCGGCGGAGACGAAUUCGAAGGUGACGGGCGACAAAUCGGCGGCGCACUCCAGAACUCCGCUCCGAUCACCCCGCAAUCGCCGUCCAGUGGCGACUCAUUAGCUCCCUUUGGCACUUGCGGCGGCCAAGACAAACUGGUUCGGGUGUCCUCGUGGACGGACCGACGGGAGAGUGGCAGUGGCGUCCUCAAGAGUUCUAUCGCGGAAUCGGCAGACGAAGUACAUCACUGCAUGCCUUCGGUCAGAGAACUAGCCAAACAGUUUUCGUCCAACAACUCUGAAAACACAUGCAAGAACCCGAGCAGACAAGUACACAGUUUGACGGCCAGAAGCCUCAGCCGAGAGUACCGCGAAGGAUUAGGAUUGAAAGUGAGAGAUAAAAGUGGGCACGCCGUACAGGACUCCGACGACAGUGGCAACGGAUCUGCCAAAUCUGAAGACGCCAACACUACGGUCAGCCACCGGCACCAGCUGCAGCUGGCUCAGUGAAAUUCUCCGAUACGUUGGAUCAACAACUUAUCAAAUUAUUACAACCGUCGUAGAGACUAAAAUAUAGUAAUGCACAGACAUUUCUAUAUUAUAAUAUUAUGAUAUCGAAUAGGUAGUCUUCACAAAAUUAUUAUUAUUUUAAUAUUAUUACCUAUAUUAUGGUACAUAUCACAUUACACCAAGUGUAUAUAUUAUGAUAUAAUGUAUUACGGCGUUUGUGCUAUAUAGCAUUGAUUUUAUAAUAAGCUAUGAUACAAUUAUAAUGUCAAUGGUUAUAGGUACCUCCUGCCUAUAUGGCAUAUAGAGGUACAAAUAGAUGAACUGCAGUUGUUGUAUUGUUAUAAUUUAUUAUCGUAUAAUAAUAUUAAUUAAACUGUUAUUAUUAUUUUUUUUUUUUCAAUUAAAGU